UAUUUUUGUCAAACAAAAAUAAAUUUGAGUCAAGCAAAAAUAUCCUAACCUUUCAUAUAUUUUUCAUAAUCCUACACAGCUUGAAACAGUAACCGCAUUUUAACUAUCCUCAAAAACAACGAAAUGAAUGCCGCCGAUGAUUUUGCAUUAUGCAAUUUUGCAAAUAACUUAGAGCAACGGGAAAAUCCUGUACCCGAACCUGAACAGCUAGCGAUUCUUCCUGCUAACCAUCCGCUUUUGUUGAAGUUCCAAAAUUCGUUAAAGAAACAUCUUUUGCGGACGAAAGAAAAAUUGGAGAAUGAAAUUUCCGAACUGAAAUAUGAAGUUAAAGCAAAGGAAUAUCGUCGGGAAGCACAAGGCUUGGCGCUGUAUGACAUGCAGCAAAAGAUGAGUUUUCAAGAUGAUCAAAUUCGUGAAAUAUCUUCGGAAAUUGAACAGCACAUCUGUAGGCGUCAAUCAGAGGAAAUUAAAGUCAAAGAAAUAAAAAAAGAAUAUGAGGAAAAAAUUAAACUGACAAAGAUGCAAAAGGCGUCGUAUCAAAAAGGAAUGUUCCAAUUAGAAGAUUUACAAAGCUUGUGUAGUAACAUUAAGAACUGGGCAUCCGAUGUAGAAGAUGAUGUGAAAAAUGCGAAACGUAUUGUUAGCAGAGAUGCACAACUGCAAAAAAAACUUUCUGAAACUAAGCGGAAAUCAGACCUUCUCUUUUACCGCUUGGACAUGGAAGUAAAAAAAAGAGAUGAUGAAUUACAAUCCAUCGGUGAAGAAGAAAUGGCAAUGAAUAAAAUUCUUACAUUACUGAAUAUGAGUAUUGUAGAUGCAAACACAGAUCUAGAAGCGUUGCAAAAUGAACAUAGGCGCUUAAUCCAAGCUUGGAGUGAAGUAAUCGUGGCAAUUCAGCUCCGGGACAGAAUCUUGUCCCAAGUUCAAAAUAGUAUUAGAUCACACAAAGAAUCAAUAAAGCUUAACAAUACCGGCAUUGAAGCAAUUAAAAAGCAGAUUGCGAAAGAAAUGGAACUUAAUAAAAAACUUGAAUCAUUUAAACAACGACUUGCUGAUGAUACAAGUUCUUUAAAACGUGACUGUCAAGGGGAAGCCGAAAUAUUACUGAAAUUGGAAACAAAACUUGAGGAGUUGCCAGAACUUUUAGAAGGCACCGAAGCUGAUUUACAAAUUGCUUUACGCGAAGGGCUGAAAUUUAUCUCCGAGAUUCGGAAGCUGGAAUUAACUCUAGACAAAUAUCAUAAAAAAAAAAUUGAGACAGAGGAAACUAUUUUAAAAUUGGCACAAGAACAACUUAUUAAUAACAAAGCUAGUUGUUACAGACUAAAACUUUUAAAUAAAGCCCAAGAGAAUCGGCGAAACAUUGACUUAUCACUGUCAAAAGUACAGAACCAGCUAGGUUCAGCUAUGCUUGAAGUGGAAAAGCUUAGAACCGUUUUAUUUGGAAUUAAAAGAGAUAAUAAUGAUAUUGUUGGACAUCUUAACAAAUCUCAAAAUAAAUCAGAUGCACUUGCUGCGAACGUUAAGAAAAUUCAGAUUCAAAUUGAAAUAAAAUUAAAACGAUUCGAGGUGCUAAGUAAUAAAAUAGAAAAUUUACAAAAAGUUUUGGGAGAAACUUAUGGAAAUCCGACUGAAUUAAAGAUUAAACAAAUCGAAAAAUCUAUUCAUACAAGAGAAUUACAAAUUCGAGAACACCAACAGUUUUGGAUAAUGCUUCAGAAUCACUUUGUUAACUUGUCGCAAAAAAGAGGCGAUCAACUGAAUGAAAUCCAAGUUACUCGAAAACAGUUAUCCAUUAUAAAGCAAAAAUCUCUGAAAAUUGAUCAAGAACUGGAAGUUUCCGAAAAAAAGACCAAAGAGUUAAUGCUUGACAUUCAAAAGCAUACGGCAAAACUAGAAUUGCUUAAUGACAAGAUUUACAAAACAAGAAAUCUUUAUGAUCACGAAGAAUCCGAAUUUGAGCAUGAACAGACUGAACGUAGUGACAAGCUUAAGGAUACUGAACUACAUAUAUUAAGCUUGGAGAGAGAUAUAACUGAGAUGCAAAGUGAAAUAGAGCUUUAUAAAGAUCUAGUGAUAGAUAACCAUAGGCAAUCCUUGUCUUGGGAAACGAAGUAUAAGCUAAUUGAAGAAACAAUUCGCUGGUCAAAGGCAGAACGUUCAGUAUGUGGUGAUAUUGGUGUUAUGAAAAAUGAAAUACAUCGAAUGAAUAUUCGAUAUAAUCAAUUAAAAAGGGCUCAAGAGAAAUUGGUCCAAGAUUUGGAGCAUUGCGUCAUUCACCGCGAACAAAUAUUUGUUAAUGCAACCGUCAAGGAACAUAUCAGCGUCAAGCUAAAUAAAAAAAAUUACUCAUCCCAGUUUCAUGUUAAAGUUAAUGAAGUCCGUAAUAAGUUAAAAGUUAUACAAAAUGAAAUAACACAUCUCUCUGAAAGGCGUCUUAUUGAUGAUGUCAACAAUAUUGAACGGAUGAUUUAUAUGCUAAGAAGAAUUCAAAAUGAUCUUAAGGAUGUUAAUGAAGAAGACUGCAGUAUUCAAAAUCAAAUAGAAGAUGGUAUUUUACUUAAGCAUGCUAAUUUGGAGCAAAUAAUUCGGAAACAAAAUCGCUCGAAAGCUUAUGGCAGGUUGAAUUGCAGAAAAUCACAACAGAAAUUAGCGCGUUCAGAGAUUACAAUUCAACUGCAUUCAGAUAAACAGAAUGAUGUAAAUUCCACUAUGAUUGAGAUAGUACAAACAUUACUAGUGGACUACCCUGAAAAGAAGACUUUCUUUACUAAAGUCUUGCAUGUACUAAAGAACUGAAAUAUAUAUAAAUAUACUUAAAUAAAAUGAUUGCAAAAACUA